UAAAUCAACAAAACGAAAGAUAUCAUUUAAAUACCCUAAAUAGAUCACUGAUUCCAUGGAAAUCUAUGGAUGCUUAAACUAUCGGUUACACCUUAAUUUCAGAGACGGAGAAGACGAUGUUUUAAAAUGACAUUUCUCAUGAGUGAAAGAAAAAAAAGGUUUUUUAAUUGGAAAUUAAAAAAAAAAAAAAAUUAAAACCAACCUUCCUUAGCUUGGUUUUAAUUUAUUUAAUUUAAUUUCCCAUAUCUUAUAUUAUAUCAAAUCAUCACAAUAUGGAUCAAAUAAAGUACCAAAAGAUUGCAUCUUGUGUGACAGAAAGCAUAAAGUGUCAUCAAAAUGUGUUUAAGAUUACACAAGUUUUGGUGUCUUUAUCUGUUUGUUCAUUCAUAUUGUUUUCAUCACCUUCUUCUUCUUCUUCUUCAUUACAUGUUUUCUUGCAUUACUUCAAAUUCUACUUGUCAACAUUCCCAUUCCAACUUUUCACACACAACAUAGACAAGAAUUCCAUGUUUCUACUCUGCAAUGGGCUCCUUGUCUUUGUUGGGAUCACAAGAUCUUUCUCUGGAUCAAGAGAUCAUGAUGAUCAAGAUUCUGUUAAGUAUGGUGAAGAAGUAGGAGAAGAAGAAGAAGAAGAAGAAGAAGUGAUGAUGAUGAUGGAGGAGAAAACUGUUAUUGAAGAGCAUAAUAUUAUUGUAGCAGAGGAUGAUGAAGUAUUAGAAAUCAAGCAAUAUGAUGAAGAACAAGAAGAAGAAGCUGAAGAUGAUGGUAACAUUGUUGAGCAGAUCAUUGUGGUAGAUGAAGAACAUCAUCAUGAUCAUGAUCAUGAUCAUGAUGAUGAACAAGUAGAAGAGGAGAAGAAGCUUCAUGAAGAAGAAGAAAAUAAUGAACUAUUUGAUGAUGCAGAACAAGAAGAUGAAGAAAAUGUAUCAGAAAGUGAUGAUCAAUUUCUGAGUGAAGGAAACUUUGAAGAAGAAGAAGAAGAGGAAGAAGAAGAGAGUAACAUGUUAAGCACAGAAGAAUUGAACAAGAAAUUUGAAGAUUUCAUAAGAAGGAUGAAGCAGGAUCUAAGAAUUGAAGCUCAAAGGCAAUUAGUCAUGGUUUAAUUAAUUACCAAUAAUCAUUAUUAUCUUUUUUUUUUUUCGUUUUUUCUUUUCAAGGGAGGCAUAGUUAUUUUGUAGGUCUUUUUUUUUUUUUUUCUUUCUUUUUAUUAAUAACUUAGUUUAGUUGUAAUAUCCAAUAUGCAAUGCAAUUUUUCACUAUGUGGUUGCAUGCACAAAUUAAGACCAAGUCCUAGUCCUACGUACAAUAUUUUUAA